AUGCAGGUUCUUCAUAACAUUACUGUUGCAGAAUACUUUCACUGGAAUAUGCUACGAAACCUUGCUGGCAUCUAUUAUGAACAAAGUCAACUUGACAUGGCAAUUCUGCAUUACAAGCAAGCUAUCAACUGUGAUUCUACCUUUAUUGAAGCUUACAAUAAUCUGGGGAAUGCUCUCAAAGACGUUGGACAUGCUCUCAAAGACGCUGGACAUUAUAGGUCAUGCUUUGCUUUACAACCUAACCAUCCACAAGCAUUGUCAAGCCUUGGCAGCAUAUACAUGGAUUGCAACAUGAUGAGUGUUCCUACAUCAUUCUAUAAGGCAACUUUAGCAGUUACAACAGGGAUAUCUGCGCUCUUCAACAACUUGGCUAUUAUAUACAAGCAACAGGUAGAGAUACAGUUAGAAUGCCAUCUAGACUGCUAUGAGAUUGAAGUGAGAAGGAUCAUCAGUGAUGGAUGGUCAUUGACCAUUUAG